AGUCCGAGAUCGCAAUUAUUUCCCCGGUCCGCUAUCUUAAUCUCCAUAGGGUUUAUUCCAUUCUGCUCAGGUCACCCCGGACUGCUGCUGCCUGCACUUUCUUUUCCCACUGGAUCGGCUAAUAAUUCACGACGGAUCACGCGGGAAUCAUAAGACACUAACUGAAAUAAAAACGGCCACAACCACAACCAAUUUAGUUAUUAACUAACUUUUCUUUUGGAUUAGCCUACAAGCUAACUACUCGCCGAUUUUCUGUAUCUGCUGACAUGUCAAUGAAGGAAGCUAAGCCGAGGCUGACUGAGUCCCAGGCCUCAGAGCUGAUCAGCCGUCUCUUUGGGUUGACUGUCACAAAGAUCCACCCCCUGCCUAGCUACGACGACCAGAACUUCCACGUGGUGGUCAGUGAGGAAGGCCAGUAUGUGCUGAAGAUCAUGAACGCUGUGCUGAGCCAAAACCAGGAUCUGUAUGAGCUGCAGACCCAUGCCAUGGCCUUCCUGCACCAGCAUGGUCUGCCUGCUCAGACCGCCCUGCCCACCCUGACCGGAUCCCUGAUGAGUCUGGAGAAUAUUGACUGUGGAUUUGGCAGUCAGAAGUACUUGGUGCGAUUAUUGACCUACUUGCCUGGCACCACCAUCUCUAAGAUCCCCUGCUCCCCACAGAUGCUCUACCAGGUUGGAAGGAUGGCAGCUACAAUGGACACAAUACUGCAGAAGAUGGAGCAUCCAAAACUGUCGGCCCUGCAGCAGGAGAACUUCCUGUGGAACCUGGGUAAUGUGCAUCUGCUGGAGCCCUACCUGCCAACAGUGGAGGGAGAAAAUGUGAAGCAAAUUGUGAAGGAUGUGAUAAAGAUGUUCAAGACAGAAGUCCUGGUGAAUAUGAACUCCUUCCGCAAGUGUAUAAACCAUGGAGAUUUCAAUGAUCUCAAUAUACUAGUGGAGCCAGAAGGUCUGUCUGGCCACAGAAUCUCUGGGAUCCUGGACUUCGGGGACAUGAGCAGUGGCUACUACGUCUUUGAGCUGGCCAUUGCUAUCAUGUACAUGAUGAUCGAGAGCCAAACUCCACUGGAAAUGGGGGGGCCGAUGUUAGCGGGCUGGGAGAGCGUCUUCCCGCUGAACGAGGCUGAGCGGGACGCCCUCUACGUGCUCGUAUUGGCCCGGUUCUGCCAGUCUCUGGUACUGGCCCAGCAUUCCGUCACUCUGUACCCCGAAGAUGAGGAUUACCUGAUGAUCACUUCGCGCAAGGGGAAGGGUCAUCUACUCAGGCUCUGGAAGAUGGGCAAGGAGGCGGUGCUCACUAAGUGGUUUGAAGAUGCCAGAGAGUACACAGAUAAGAAGUGAGGGCAUCUCAUGUGCUUAUGUGUUAGCUUCAGUAUUCAUCUGGUAUCUGUCUAUAUCCAUGCAUGUAAAAGAGGAUUUUCUUUAAGACAGAAAUACUGACCUCAUCUGUCUUAUAUAAGGGUCAGAGGAUUUACAGGAAGUUCUGUAUUGCAUUGCUUAUUUGUGAUGGUUGCGGGAUUGUUAUCUGGUUUUGGGUAAGGAUGGGCUCAGGACAGAACACUUUCAACAGUUUACAGCCUCUUCUAGGCUAAAAUGAUAAACACCAUUUGGGUUGAUGUGACUAAUCAUGUCCUUCAUAUUAGCGUUAAUUCAUACAAUCAAAUUCAAUAAUUGCUUCAGGAAUUUUUUUUCAUGCAUAACAUUUGUUUUGGAACAGUUUUUUUGUGCUAUGGCAGUUUGACUGAAUUAUUCAUUAGGUAACUUGCAGAAGCAUGAUAGUAGGUACAGUAUAUCAUUAAUAACUAAACAUGUCAUAAAAAAUCAUAAUAUCAUAAAUAAUAAUAACUAGAAUGUAACAAAUGCUUAACAUAAUUAGGUUGAUUGGCUAGCUUACAACUGACAUAUAAUUCCAGCUUUAAAAUUAGGGCUGUCAGCAUGUUUUGUCCAGUUUGAUCAUCCUGGUGCUGCAGCUCCAGUCCUGGUUGAUGGUUAGAGGCGAAGUUUGGCAGAAAGAAGGCCAACAGGUGUCACCUGCCCUAUAGGUGUUACCUGCCCUAUGGGCACAUGUAUUGAUCCGUGAUUCUCAUAAGAUAAUGGAUUCUUUCCACCUAAUGAUUCCUUCUGUGUAGGAGCCAUCUGGCCUGUGGUUACAAUGUAAUGUAAUGACAUUUAUUUAGUCCUCUCUCUAUGCAACCAUGAUCCAUGUACAUUUACACUUUAACCUUGAAAGACUGUUCAAUUCUGCCUGAGAGGCCUGUAUGUGAUCAAGGCCUGUCAGUCUCGUUAUAGUACAUAAUAAAGAUUGUUGCCAUUAUCUUUACUAAA